CAAACAUCACCGAUGAAACUUGUUUACAAAUAGUCACAAGUUCUUGUCUUGCUACAUCAAUCAAUUGUCACAAAUCCUAGAAACUUUCGUUUACAAUAUAAUAUGGCCACAAUGAAGCCUUUAGUAACAGACCUUGCUUCCACCUUAAAUUAUGUCCCUUCAAAUUUCAUUAGACCCAUUGGUGACCGUCCAGAUCUUCAACUCCUAUCAUCCACUAAUGAUUCCAUUCCUAUCAUUGAUCUUCAAGGCUUAGAUUCCUCAAAUCGUUCUGAAAUCAUCCAAAAAAUUGCUCAUGCUUGUCAAAACUAUGGAUUUUUUCAAAUUGUGAAUCAUGGGAUUCCAGAGGAGGUGCUAGGUGAUAUGAUGAAUGUGUCAAAAAAGUUCUUUAAUAUGUCGGAGAGUGAGAGGAUGAAGAGUUACUUCGAAGAUCCAUUGAAGCCGACAAGACUUUCGACGAGUUUUAAUGUGAAGACUGAGAAAGUUUCAAAUUGGAGAGAUUUUUUGAGACUUCAUUGCCAUCCUCUUGAAGAUUAUGUUCAUGAAUGGCCUGCAAACCCUCCUUCUUUCAGGGAUGAUGUGGCAGAGUAUAGCAAGCAACUGAGAAACUUGGCAUUGAGAUUGCUGGAAGCAAUAUCAGAGAGUUUAGGUUUAGAAAAAGAUUACAUAAACAAAGCAUUAGGCAAACAUGGACAACACAUGGCUAUUAACUACUACCCUCCAUGUCCUGAGCCAGAACUAACAUAUGGUUUACCAGCACAUGCUGACCCAAAUGUUAUCACUAUUUUGCUGCAAAAUGAUGUUGUUGGUUUACAAGUUCUUAAGGAUGGUAAAUGGGUUACUAUAAAUCCUGUUCCUAACACCUUUAUUGUCAAUAUUGGUGACCAGAUUCAGGUGAUAAGCAAUGAUAGGUAUAAGAGUGUGCUGCAUAGAGCUUUGGUGAAUAGUGAGAAAGAGAGGAUGUCUAUUCCAACUUUCUACUGUCCAUCACCAGAUGCAAUCAUGAAACCAGCUCCUCAACUCAUAGACAAUGAUCAUCCUGCUCAAUACAAGGAAUUUGAAUAUAAUGAAUACUACAAGAAAUUCUGGAAUAGAGGGCUUUCAAAAGAAACAUGUGUGGAUAUGUUCAAAGCUUAAAUUGUUAGUUUCUAGAAUAUCUUUUUUUGAAGUAGACAAAAAUGAGCAAAUAAUGUCUUUCAUGUUUGGAACUCUAAUAAAAGAUCUUUAAAUGGAUUUUAGUUUAAUAAAAAUAUAUGAUUUGCAUCAAUGGAUUAGUUUAUUGAACAUGAUGAUAUGUUUUCCGA